AUGAAUAAUAUAAGUAAAAAAAUAAAUAAAAAUACUUCGAUACAAUACCAAAAUGAAAAUAAUGAAACAAAUAAUUGUACUUUUUUUGAAUUACAAAAUAAAAACGAAAGAAAAACUGACAUAGAAAAUAAUGACGAAAAUGAUUCGUUAGAUAAUUUGACUUAUAUUAACAAGUAUUUAACAUCCAUUUUUGAUCUAGAAAAUGAUGAUGACUCUUCAUCAAAUGAAAAAGAUUUAAAAAGUAUUAACGUAAGUAAUGAUUUUAGAAAAACUGUUUCUCAUUUUCAAACAAAAAAUAAUAAUGUUAAUGUUGAAUUGGAACUAGAUAAUACAUAUGAAUAUGAAACUCUGGAAAAAGAAAAUGAACAAAAUUUUAUUUCUCAAACUAAAACAUUGAGUAUGGAAAACAAUGAUUUUUUAUGUAAAGAUAUAAAUUUUAGCAAUGAAAAUAACUUAAAAUUGAAAAAAUCCAGAACAUAUUUAGAUGAAACAGAACGGAAAUUUUUGGAAAAAGAAAAAACAUUAAAUCAAUUUUAUUCGUUUAACAAAAAUUGUAACAUGAAAAAAAACGAGGAAAACUUCAAUUUUCCAUUAAAUUAUAAUACAAAUUCUACAAAUAAAAGGUGUGAAAUGGCAGAUUCAUUUUAUGAAGAUAUUGCAAAAGAAAACAAUUUAAUUAAGAUGGAUGAUAAUAUGCUGAAGGAUAUUUUAUUUUCUUUGAAUAAGAAAAAUGCACAGGAAUAUAGUGUAAACACAAAAAAAAAGUCAGUAAGUAAUGCAAAUAAUAAUGAAAUGUAUGAAGAAGAAAUUAUAAAAAAUAAAAAAGAUGUGUUAAAUCAUAAUAUAAAUCAUCCACUUAAAUACAGUAAAGAAUUUAUUUAUAGUUAUUUCAGUAAUCAAUGUAAUAUGGAUAAUGAAGAAUUAAAAGAGGCAUUCAAUAUUGAAGAGAACGAAGUAACAGAUAUAAAAUCGAAUUUAUGUAAUAACACAAAUAACCAAUUUCAAGAUUCUGUAAAUGGAAAUGAUAAAGAACGUAAGAAAAUUGAUAAUGAAAAAGAUUUUAACAUUUAUGAAAAAAAUAGAAAUUCAUAUUCAGAUUUUUAUUAUACAAAUGAAAAUAGUAUUUUAAAUGAUAAUUUUCACAAUUCUUAUAUAAAAAAUACAAAAGAAAAUAAAGAUGGAAUUUCUAUAAUUUUUGGAAAUUCAGAAGUGUGCGAAAAUAAUUCACAUUUUUCCAGACAGUUUAAGGAUAAUUUGAACAGGAAAAUGGAUUAUAAUAAUUUUUCUCAAAUAAGUAAUAAUUGUGAAUGUUUUAAUUUAAAUAAAAAUUAUAUUUUUACUUUAGAUACACAUAAAAAAAAAAAUCCAAUGUGCCAUAGCCAGUUAAAUCAAAAUGAAGUUUUCAUAUCAAAUGAAAGUGGUAUGGAUUGCUUUAAUAUGUGCAACACUAACUCUAAUGUGAAAAAUAAUACUCAGAAAAAAAAUUCUUCAAAUAAUGUAGAUUUAAUGAAAAAUCCUUUGAAAUAUAACUCAAAACUUCAACAAAAUAAAAAUGAAAGGAAAAAAGAAUCUGUCGAAGAUAAUAUGAGCGCUUCAAAUUCUGAAAUCAGUUUUUCGAAAAAUCCUAUUUUAAAUAUGAAUAAAAUAUAUUUAUAUGAAUUAUAUAAGAAUUACGUAGAAAAUAAUUUUAACAUAAAAGAUAAUGAUUCAGAAAUACAUCAGAGCUUAUUAACAUUUUUAAAUAAUGAAAUUAAUAAUAAUGGAACAUACAGUAUUAAUAAUAGUAUUACAACAAAUUCUAAUAUAGAUGUGACACACUCAGAAAAUAAAAUAUAUAAUUAUAAAAAUGAUAACAAUAGUGAUUUAUCUUUUCAGAAUAAAUGCGAUGAAUUACAUAAACAUGCGAAUGGAAAUAACAUUGCUAGAAAUAUUAAUGAUAGAAAUUACAUUGGGAAUAUAAACUUAAACGAAAUGUCAUCAAAUGUUGUAUUAGAUAAAAAUAAUUUUAAUUUAGAUAAAAAUAAUUUAAAAUAUUUACUUAAUUAUAACAUAGACUCAAAUAUAAAUAAUAAAAAUUCUAUAAAAGUGAAUUCAUUUAAUGAAACAUUUAAGGGAGAUGAAAAAAAUAAAAGCGUAACGUUUGAUACUUUGAAAAAUAAGAUUAAAAAUUUAUUAGAAUAUGAAAAAAACGAUGAUCUAUUAAGUGAAUAUAUUAUAGAUACAUUGAAUGAUUAUAAUAAAAGAAAGUAUAACACUGAUAAUAAUAUAUGUAAUGACAGUUUUAAAAUUAAUGAGAAAAUAGAACCUUUGAAUAAAAGAAAAGCAGAUUACUCAGAAAAUAGUGAUAUAAUAAAUCAUAAUUCGUAUAAUUUAAACAGGGAAUUGAAAGAAAUAGAAUGUGAUCAAAAUAUUAAUGUACUUCAAAAUAUGGAAAGUAAUGAAACAAAUAAUUUUGACUAUAAUUGUAUACAAAACAGAAAUAAACUACACUAUGAAAAUACGAAUGAAAAUGUUCCGAAAGAAACAAUUUUGGAUAACAUUUUACGUGAGAAUAAAUCGAAUAUGUGUAAUUCAUAUAAAAGCAUUAAUAUUAAUGAUUUAAGUUUAUUAUUAAAUAAUGACUUGGUAAAUAAAAACAGUAAUCAGUACACUAAUAUGAAAAAUAUUAGAAGCAACGAUAAAGAAAAUUGUUUAAACCAUUGUGAUGAAUUUAAUAAAAUGAACGAACUAAUAAAUUUACCAUUUUCCAAUUCAUUGUUAUUAAAUUUUGAAAAUAAUAACCAAAGAAGAAAUUUUAGUGCAGAUGAGAUGAUAAUUAAUGAAAAGGAUAACAAAUUUAACUCUUAUAUAGAACGCUUCCAAAUGUUAGAAAAAAAAAGUUUUAGAAAUAAAAAGACAUUAAAUUAUAAUUAUAGUCAGGAAAAUCCCUUCGCACAUAAAUUAAAAGAUUUAAAAGAAGAUGAUAAUUUAAAAAAAAGUAAGAAUUUAUUGAGCAAGAAAAGUUUCAAUGUAAAAGAAGAUAAAAAUGAAAAUACAAAAAAAGUUCAUUAUGAAAAAGCAAAAGGUUCUACGUAUAUAAAAAAUAAAAGUAAUAUUAUUGACAAAAAUAGCUUAGAAAAUAAUUUUAUAGAUAAUAAAUUUGAAAAUAAUAAUGUUAUAUCUAAUUCAAAUUGUGUAAAAAAUGGAGAAAAGGAGAGGAUAUUUGAAUAUUUACAAAAGCAUUUUAAUUAUAAUAAAUUCAGUGAUGACUAUACAAAGGGUAAAUACCAAAGCGAAAAACAUGAUUCUAUUCCUAAUAAAGAUGAUUACUAUCUAAAAAGUAAAAGUAUGUUUAAUGACAAAUAUAAAAAUGCAUUCGAAUUUUAUGAAAAUGAUUAUUUAAGGAAUGAAUAUAGUUUGGUAGAAAAAACAUAUAAUGAGGAAGAAAAAAAUAAUUUUUUGAGUUUUAAUAAAGAAUCAAAAUUCUCUUGCAGGAAUCAAAAAAAGUUUGAUAAAAUAUGGAAUAGAAAUAACUAUUUAAAAAAAUUUACUAAGACAUGCGACAAUAAUGAAGUAACAAUAGGUGAUAUUAAAGAAAAAUUAAAAAGUAAAAAUUCUAUGCCUAAUUUAAAAUCAAAAAAGCAAAGUAUGGAAAUAAAAGCAUUAACACUUGAAGAAAUGAAAUUAUUAUUAACUGAAGAAGAUCAAAAAGAUUUAGAAAAAUUAUUACAAUCACUUUAUGAUGACAGAAUAUUACCAUUAUUAUUUAAUGUAAAGGGUAGAGCAGAAGAACUUCAAUAUAAAGAUACAAUAAAAAACAAUAUUAAGACAGCAUAUAGUUUAUAUCCAGAAAAAUAUCAAAUAAAAAAAAAUGAUUCUGCUGAUGAUUAUAUAAUAUAUUUUGCUAAUAAAAAGGUACAAGAUGAUUAUUUUCUCUCCAUUAAUAACUUAAAAGAUAUCUACGAUCCAAGUAUUUGGAAGGAAUUUGAAAAAUAUUUAGAAGAAAUAGCUAAUUCGGAAAAUCCAAGUUUAUAUACUUUUUCGGGAGGAAGAUAUGGUAUGGCUAAAGAGUUGAAAAGGAGAAAUCUACCAUUUUUUAAAGGAUUAUACUUGGGUGAAUUGUGUCAUAUUGUUCAUAUAAGUACCAAUAAAAAAAUAAUAGCAUAUGAAAAUAAUUAUUUAAAACCAAUUUCUCAGUGCCAUAAAUAUACUAAUGCUAAAAUGGGUAUAGUUAAUACUAGUGGAACAGAUAUAGAAAAUUAUAUCACUACUAUGGAUGAAUUAAGACUUUAUUUGAAUAAAUUAUUGAAAUAUUAUAAAGGAGGAUUUAAUAUAUCUACACUAAAAAAAAAAUUAAAAAAUAGAUUUAACAAGCAAAUUUGUGAAAGUGUUUUUCAUUGUAUAAAAUUGAUAGAAGUCUUACAAUUAGAUGAACUAAAGGAUGUAUGCUCUGUAGAUAAGCAAUCAAAAAUUGUAAAAAGUGCUAAAGAUACAUUAUAA